CACAACCCUCUCCAUUUGAAAAAUAAAUAAAUAAAAAUCCUUGUGUUCUCUUGUUCUUCCGCAAUGUCUUUUCCUAACGUCAAACUUUGUUUCUGGCUUUUUUCAUGUCUUGUUGGCAUUGCUUCAGCUGAGUUAGACCCCAACUAUUAUGCAUUAAAAUGUCCCUCAGUUCUCACUAUCGUUAAGGGAGAAGUAACCACUGCUGUGCUAAAAGAGCCUCGCAUGGGUGCAUCCUUACUUCGUCUCCAUUUCCAUGAUUGUUUUGUCCAAGGAUGUGAUGCAUCUGUACUGUUAAACGACACAGAUACUUUCACAGGCGAGAAGACAGCUUUUCCAAAUGCUAACUCAUUGAGGGGUUUCGAUGUUAUAGACAAAAUAAAAUCAAAACUAGAGUCAGAUAUCAUAUGCGCUGGUAAAGUGUCUUGCGCCGACAUCUUAGCAAUUGCUGCACGAGACUCUGUUGUUGCUCUGGGUGGACCUACUUGGACGGUUGGUUUGGGCAGAAGAGAUUCAACCACUGCAAGUUUAAGUGCUGCUAAUUCAGACUUGCCAGCUCCUUUUCUGAAUCUUGAUGGCAUCCUCACUGCUUUUGCCAAUAAAAAUUUCACUGCCAAUGAAACUGUUGCACUAUCAGGUGCUCACACAAUAGGCAAAGCUAGGUGCACAACCUUCAGAUCAAGGAUUUACGACGACACCAACAUAGAUUCAUCAUUUGCGACAUCAUUAAAAGCAAAUUGUCCACAGACAGGUGGCGAUGACAACCUAUCCCAGUUAGACGCCACCUCUGAAAAUCUUUUCGACAAUGCUUACUUCAAGAAUUUGGAGAAGGAAUCUGGUCUUUUGCACUCUGACCAAGAGCUAUUUAAUGGAGGUUCAACAGACUCUAUAGUGCAAACUUACAUUGACUACCCUUCAAAAUUUAUGACAGAUUUUGCUAAUGCAAUGGUUAAGAUGGGCAACCUUAGCCCACUAACGGGAAACGAGGGUCAGAUUAGAACCAAAUGCUAUCAAGUCAACCAGUGAAUAUUGCCUAAUUAAUGGCUAUAAUUACUAUUAAAUGUUUAAUGAUGGGAUAAAAUAAUUUUCUUUUACGUUGUUCUUAUGUUUUGUUACUUGUCAAUUUAUCAUGACUGCAGUUUAAUGUUUUUUUAUUUUUCAAAGUCAUGUAAUGAACUUGUAAUUGAUCGUAU